UCUAACUAAACUGAGGGGUGAAAAACAAAAUUACUCCCAAGAAUAAGGAUCCAUCGGUGAAGCAGCACUAAAAGCAUAGAGUUAAUAGACAUAUAACAACGCCUAUAAUGGGGAAUGGAAUGAGUAUGGUCAUACCAGGCUUGUAUGUAGGGAAUCUAAGAGACUCCGAGGACCAAGACCAACUGUAUAAGAAUAAGAUAACUCACAUCAUUUCCAUACACGAUAAUGCAAGAGAAGUUCUUAAAGACAAAAAAUAUCUUAUUAUUCAAGCAUCCGAUUCUCCGCAUCAGAAUCUCUCUCAGUUUUUUCCUCGUAGCAACGAUUUUAUCCACAACGCUCGAAUCAGUGGAGGCAACGUGUUGGUCCAUUGUCUAGUAGGUAUGUCCAGGAGUGUAACAGUGGCUGCAGCCUAUAUUAUGUGUGUGACGUCACUGGAUCAUAGGGAUGCAAUGAAAGUUGUGCGAGGGGCUCGAAACGUAGCAAAUCCUAAUUUAGGUUUUCAGAAGCAACUCCAAGACUUCGAGCACAGAAAAAUUUCAGAAGAAAGAAAACGACUGAGGUACAAAUAUUCACAUCAAUCACUCGAACAAGACGAGAAGAUAUGUCGGAAACUAGUGACGAACUAUAACAAAUCAACAGAAACUUUGAACACUCGCUUUUCAGCAUGUCAGUGAUAAAAAAAACCUUCUGAGGGUGAAAAUUUUCUCUUGUCCUCAUUCAUCAAGUGUCCACAGAAUCUUGUAUGGUUAUGUAAGCUCUGUGUGUAUGCGAUAUUAAAUAGACAUUUAAUAAGCACAUAGCUACCUGUAUUGUUGAAAGACAACUGUCAGUAAUAUUGUACCCGAAGGAACCACGUGAACCA